UCUUGCGCCAGCUUUAAUGUAUUAUACGGAAGUCACGUUCCCUCCAUACCAGAAACUACGAAGUGGAAAAAGAAAUAGCAGAAUAAGGACGUAAAUAGGGUUUCGACGCAUCGAAAAGGAUAGAAAAACGAAUAUUAAGUUGGAGCGAGAGAAUAAAAACGGAGCAAUAGAAAGCAGGAGAACAAGUGCCUUCUGCUGAUCAACGGUGUAGCAAAUUAUUCGAUAUUUCUCUACAUUGUCUACAACAAGCAUUUUACGAUGCCUAAUAUCAAGCUACAGAGCUCCGAUGGUGAAGUCUUUGAGGUUGAUGUUGAUAUUGCAAAAUGUUCUGUUACUAUAAAAACCAUGUUGGAAGAUCUUGGAAUGGAUGAGGACGAAGAGGAAGUUGUUCCUCUUCCAAAUGUUAAUUCUGCUAUUCUCAGGAAAGUGAUACAAUGGGCAACUUAUCAUAAAGAUGAUCCACCUCCUCCUGAAGAUGAUGAAAACAAAGAGAAGCGUACUGAUGAUAUAAGUUCUUGGGAUGCAGAUUUCUUGAAAGUUGAUCAAGGAACAUUAUUUGAAUUAAUUUUGGCAGCUAAUUAUCUUGAUAUUAAGGGAUUGUUAGAUGUAACAUGCAAAACUGUUGCUAAUAUGAUAAAAGGUAAAACUCCAGAAGAAAUUCGGAAAACAUUCAAUAUAAAAAAUGAUUUCUCUGCAUCUGAAGAAGAACAAGUUCGCAAAGAAAAUGAAUGGUGUGAAGAAAAAUAGAUUAAAAUAUUCAUAAACAUUUGAUUUCUUGAUUUUUGAAAAAUUCAUUUCCAGUGUGUUCAAAAAUUUAAUAGUUAAUACACUAUUUGCAUUGUUUUAGAUAAUUCAUAAGAAUGGUCACAAUGCUUUACUUAUAAUACUUUCAAUGCACCAAAUAGUGAUUACAUUACAUAAAUGGAUUAUUUCUUCCAAGAAAAAGUUGUAUUAAUGUGUUUAUUGUUUAUUUAUUUCAAAUUUCUAGUACAAUAUCAAGUAAUAUUAUAUUUAGCGUGUAAUAAUGAAAGUUUAACAAACAAAUUCAUUUUAAUGAUUAUUAUUGAAAGUUAGGAGUACAUUAGAUCUGAAUAAAAAUUGUGUUUCAUUUAUAUAAAAUAUAAAUUUAAUUUCUAUUUUUAACUAAUUUUUAUUUUGAAUAAUGCUUAUAUUGUAGGUUAUAAAUAUAAAACGAAAAAUUAUUUAAAAAAAAAUGUAAAUUUAUUGCAAAAGAAAUUAUUAGGAUUCGUUAUUAAAAUUCACAUACUUUGUAACAUGUAACACUCUUAAAUAAUGUUUAAUGUUUACAUUUUUGAAAAGUAUAUACAUUUAAUAGAGAACACGCGCGUGCGCAAGUACAUAUUGUGUUACGUUUUUUAUUCACAUGUAUAAAUUAAAUACACAAUGUACAUCUUUGUUCUAACAAAGAAAAAUUAUAUAUAUUAUUUUAUAUUAUUAAUUGUAGUGAUUAAAAAAUAUUAGUAAAUAAAGAAAUUAUGAUUUA